GCAUGCGUGUGUGGGUGUGCGUGUGUGUGUGCGUGCGUGCACGGUGUUGGAGAUGACAGCAUCAAGAAGAAGGACACAGCGUGGAAGGGACUUUGAGGACUCCGUUGUGUACUCGUGCCACUCCGGUAACGUCGUUUACAACACCACAUCCGGCAGCACGCUCACCACGCUCCUUCCGCCAGACAGUACGCCUGCCUACAUGACCUCGUUCACCCGCACGUGCCGGGCCGAUCAGACCUACACCAACACGGAGCUGGCGUGUCGUGACGUCAACGAGUGCGACCCAGACGCGUAUGCAGCCUACACGGCCGCAACCGGCAACAGCGCCCAACAAGAGCAGUCGUUCAGCACGGCGUGCCAAGACGCAUGCACCAACACAAUUGGGUCGUUUGAGUGCUCCUGCCCUGCCGGGUUUGAGCUGCAAGCGGAUGGGCGCUCGUGCGAUGUGCUGUCGUGUGGGCUGCCGCCUUCUCGUCCCUUUGCCACCGUGGCCAGCCAAGACCAGCCCCGCACCUACCAGCAGCAGGCGCUGUACACACGGCGGACGUGGUGGUCGUGGCUCCGGUGCUGGCGCGCCAGCAGGAGCUGCCUUCCACAUCACAAUGAUCCCUGCACGGCAUCAGGCGAGACGCAACCACAGCAGCAGCUCGUGCUCGUUGACGCGCAGCCCAUUGACUUUGAGGCAUCGCAGACCUUCGACGUCACACUGGCAUGCAGCGAUGGCAACGGCGGCGCUACCGACGCCACAUUCACCCUCACUGUGCAAGACGUGAACGAACCGCCAACAGCCAUUGCGCUCUCGUCCACGCAGGCUGCAGAGGACGUGCCUGUGGGCAGCACCGUUGCCUCCAUCAUUGUUGUGGACCAGGACGCAGGCGACACACACAACGUCACUGUGGCCAGCGAACCUGCGGGUGUGUUUGAGGCUGUGCGCAACCCAUCCACGGGCGCAUACGCGCUUGUCCUGGCUUCACCCUUGGACUUUGAGACACAGGACAGCGUCGCCGUCAUCAUUCGCGCCGAGGACAGUGCACACAACGUGCUGCAGACCACCAUCACUGUGAGCGUGCUUGACGCGAACGACCCACCAAGCGCAGUCACGCUGCAGCCUUCCUCUCUGAACGAGCACAGUGCAGCCGGCACAGUGGUGGGCAUUGUCUCUGCCACGGACCAAGACGACCCGUCCGCCACCACUCCCAUCACCAUCCACGUGCUUGCCGGUCACAACUCGGGCCUGUUUGAGGUGCAGCCCAUCAAUACAUCCUCUCCACAGCAACAGCAGCAGCUUGUGUUUGUUGGAGCACCAGAUGCCAUUGACUUUGAGGUGUCGAGUGUGGUGGAGGUGGAUGUGCAGGCCGAGGACAGCGAGGGUGGCACGCGGUGCACGGCCACGCUCAGCACGACCUUCGCUGCUGCCAACGCGCCAAACUACGAGGAGACCCCCUUUGUGGACGUGGUCGUCGUUGCCACGGACUUGCUGUACACGGUGUUUAACACCUUCAACAUCACCAUCCUCAACGUCAACGAGCCACCGUACUUGCUGGAGCUCAGCACGAGCUCUGUUGCGGAGAACACGCCACCAGGCAUCCCCAUCGCUACCAUCGUUGCGUUUGAUGAGGACAGGAGCGGUGACGAGCACACGUGCCAGCUGCUCUUUGGCGGCGACAGCGCCUUGCUCUCCUUGUUGCCGCCCAACACACUCACCGUGGCCGCGGGAGCCACCCACGGCCGUCGUGUUUGCUGCGUCUGA